CCCGGGACCCUGCGCCGUAUAUUGAUUCAGAAGACGACAAGACGGCGCCAUAGUCAGCACCAUGCCGGGCAAGAUCAUCGCCGUAACCUCGUCGUCGCACUUCUCCCAACUGCUCUCGCAGUCCACAUACACGAUUGUCGACUUCUACGCCGACUGGUGCGGGCCAUGUAAAGCCAUCGCGCCCGUGUUCCAGAGCUUGGCCGAGAAGGAGACCAAGCCUGGGAAGAUGCAAUUCGUCAAGGUCGAUGUGGACAGCCAGCAGGAAGUGGCCAGGAAGUACGGCAUCAGCGCCAUGCCCACUUUUCUCGUCAUCAAGUCCAACUCGGUCGUCGAUACCAUCCGCGGCGCAAAUCCCUCUGCCCUCACAGCCGCCGUGCGCAAAGCUGCCAGCGAUACUUCAGGGCCAGCCGCCUCGGCUGCCUUUCAGUCCAAAGGGCGCACGCUGGGAUCAGCGACAGAACCCAGCCGGCCGGUUGGCAACAGUCCGUUUGCCAGUGCACAACGGAUGCUGAUGGGCAACGGCGGGCUCAGCGAUCUGGUCAUUCGAUUCUUCGCCUUGUACUUUAUCAGUCUCUUCGCAUUUGACUCGUACAAGGCGGCAGAGGAAAGCCCAUUCAACAUCAAGGCGAGGCGGUAAAAGAGAAAAAGAGUUAUGCAGUUGGAUACGGUCUGGAACUGAUGCAAGUAAGACGGCAUCAAAGGAUGAUUUGGCGUUGGCACACAAAGAGCAAGGCGUUGGGGGGACAUUAUACCACUUCAGAGUACAUGACUAUGAUGCAUGUUGCCCAUUGUUCAAGCUGGUGAAGAUGGUUUGAGUACUACAAUUUUAGCAAUACACACAAUACUGUUAGAAAA